UCUGGUAACGAUCAGCUGUUGUUGUUGUUGAUGGUAGCUCACGCUAGUUUGUGACAGGUUAUGGGCAUUUGCAUUUAUUUUGCUGAAGCAUUGACAGCAGUUGCUAUACUGCAUGCCUUGGAAGUCCGAGUGUGGUUAUGGCAAUUAACAGAAAUAUUAUCAACUGCACUUCCUACACGAUGGCCUACGGUCAGCUUGUUGUCAUGGACUUUCGUGGGACUUCUAUUUUGGGCCUAUCUGUACCUGCUGUAUUACAGAAUGGUUCAGUUGCUACUGAAGAGGAUGGAAUUCAUUGAACCACAUAGGUCCCUCCUGGUGCAAACAUUUUGGAAAGCUGGAUUUCUGUGUUGUAGCGUCACAUACUUUAUAACGAAAUUCAUUCUCGACUAUGGAACCAAUGUUGACGAUUGGCUUCCUGAACUUGUUAAACAAAACAUUUUUCAUGGAAAUGAUCCCGUCGCACCCUGUUCGAAGAAAUAUUUUGGCCUAUAUUGUGCGUUUUAUGUACAUGAUCUGUGGAUGACAACUUCGAGAAGAGGAUUUAAUCUAACAAGUUCAACGAAACUUUUCUUUUAUCUGUUUGUGUUGACUGCGCAUUUAAUGAGGUGUGUGAAGGCUGCAUACCUGUUUGUGAUCUUAAUGAACAUUGAAGCAUUACCAGCAUGUGGUGCAGCAGCCUUUGUUCUGUUUGACCGGCCUGUGUGGAGAGGUGCAUUUCGUAUAGCAGGAGUCGGGGUGAUAUCCCGUAUACUAUUUGCAGCUCACGCCUUUGUAUGGGCGACAAACAUGUUCUUCCUGCUGCCUACCUUGUUGCUUUAUCCAGCUGUCACAACAGAGGUGAGGCAGCCGGAUGUUCUUCCUCUUAUUGCACUCAAUGCAGUCCUGUGGACAUUCUACUGUCUUAAUUUUGUGACGUCACCGAUGUGCCAUCUCAUUUACCUGUACCUGCAAAGCUCGACACCAGGUGUGAAACACAGAUCAUUGUUGGACGCAGCAUUAUUUCCUCCUGAGACUGACGUGAUUAAAGAGUUGCAGAGGAUACGAGAGGAGGUACGAGCAACUCGGAACCGUAGAGCGAAAGAAGCUGCAGCUGGCAGAAGGUCAGAACACCACAGUGGCUCAGUGACAGCAUGUGAUAUCAACAGGCGAGGACUGAAACUCUACCAGACAAUUAAAUGUGUGAUGGCGGUGAAGCGCCGCCUGAAGCGGCAGAGGGAGAUGCAGCAAGCACUUGCAGAAGAUGAGUCCUCGGAGUCUCCCACCACCACAUCACCAGCUGAAAGCUCCCCCACCGAAAGCUCUCCUGCUACAUCGACUCCAGACACACCACUAUCACCUGAUUUCCCUGUUUCUGAUGAAACUGAUGCCUGAAUCUCUCUUCAGUUUAUGGAAUAUGUUAUAACUAGUAACUACAAGUUUGACAGGCCUAUAGAAAAUGAGAGAAAACCUAAAAAUUCAGAAUUGUUUUCUACACUUACACUUUUAUUGUUGCUAUCAAUAAGCAAUAGACAGGUGAGAAUUGAGAGCUGAAACAGGGGGAAAGAAAAAAGUCUCAGUUCAUACUGAUAGUGUAUGAAAGUGAGGCAGUUGCUGAACAAAGGCAAAAUUUUACUAAGGUAAGAGAGAUGUCGUAGAAUGACAUGCAUUAGAAAUUUUGUAAGUCUGUUUUCUCAAGCAGGUCUCUUAUAACGUGUGCUUGUCAAGUGUCAGAACGCAUAUUUUUCACAUGUGUUGAAACUUCCUGUUUCCUUUGUGAAUUGAUGAUGCAUUUCAUGACUUGAAGAAACUCUGCAGUCACAUAGCAAAUUACGGCAAUUUCUGGGGUGUGUGUUCUUGCUAUGGACACUUUGCUUUCAUCUUCCCUUCAGAAAAAAUAAAUAAAAAUAUUUUAAUUUGUGUAAGAUUUGCGAUGUUGUAAUUUUCCACAUGCUUUAAAAUGCUUGUGUUAUGGGUGUUUCACUAGCCAUUAAAAAUCUUAUUUUGGACAACAACAAAAAGUAGAGCAUUAAUCUACAGUAGUGGGUUGGUAAUAAUGAAUUUGAAGAACAUUAUUUCUACCAGUCUGUCCUUUUAAAACAGUACUUUAUUAUGCACUACUAGCUAGUUUGUGGUGUUGCUCAUUCUCAAACAAGUCGACAAACAUCCACCACAUACCAAAUUGAAAUGUAAGUCAGAAUAUAAAAACUUCUAUGGCUGCAUUGGUACUUGAACAGCAGUUGUUGUGUGGCUUGUAUUUCAUUCAUAAUCUUUUGGAAUAAAAUGAGAAACAGUGCUAGAUGCGUAUAUUUAAACGUCAGAUAACAUGUUGGGCACAUGGAAAGUAAAAAACUGUUUCUUGAAAUUCCCCUCAGGUCAGUAUAACAUACAGGUUGCAUUUUAUGUAGUUAUCAUGAGUGAACUGGGUUAGAAGAAAUGAAAAUAAAAGCUAUAGGCUAUAUCUGAAAUGGACUACCUUUCUGGAAACAUUAUCUUAGAAGGGAGUGGAGGAAGACAAAUCAACAGUUUAAUCACAGAAAACAAAUAACAAGGCCGGAAGGUUAACUAAAGCCUUAACUUUCAAACAAAGAUAUAAUUUAGUGUUGAAAUCCAAGGGAUUAAGUCUGGCAGAAAUUAAAGAACACCCCCCCCCCCCCUCCC